GCGGCGACACAUACGCGCACAGCCACACCGAGCACGGCACACCGCGACAGUGUUCGGUUUCCGGCUUUUCGCAUCGGUCGAUUGUUGCUGUUGUCCUCGCUGCCGUAACUGGUGUGCUACUGGCCGCUGCCGUUGAGUUCGGCGAUCGCGCGCGCGCGCGAUUACAAUUUUUAUAAAAACACGCAUAUCAUUACUGUGAACCGGCUCGGUUAUUUUAUAUUUUACCACGUACAAUAAUCGUAUCGUUUUCUUACGUCGUCGCGUCCAAACACGAUAUUAUAAUAUUAAUUUUUCGCGGUCGUGUUUUAUAUUCUUACUCGCAGCCGCUUACAUCACGUGUCCGUCGUUAGUAUACAUAUACGCGUGGGUGUUUUCGUCGAUAGUUUUACGUGCACGAGUGGCUUAUCCAUCUACUGUAGUAUAGUAUUUACGAAACGGGUGGAUAAGAAAAACGCUGCAAAUCUGUUUGUGCAACAAUUGCAGUUUGAUUCAAUACAUAUUAUAAUAAGUAUAUACCUACGAUCGCUGUAUUUUUACAAGAGUGCGUGCCGCGUAUGAGACGUCGCAUCGUCAGGUGGUCACCGUCAUCGCAGCGCUAUUACCGUGCUAGCAGUUCUACCGGCCGCCGCUGCUGCCGCCGCCGUUGCAGAGGAUUGUGGUCGGCAGUCGCGGCGGACGGAAACACGUCUCGGCGGGCUGCAUCACCGCCAACCGGUGUCCAUCGUCGGACGGCCGCGCAUUGAUCAUUCCCGGCACCGGUUGACCACAGCCAUCACGACGCCAGUGGGUCAGGACGCCGCCGGGGCGGUGCACCAGCCGCCUUAUGCCAGGGGUUGCCGGAUCCGCACGACAGCCGUCGGCGGUCCACAGCACCACGGCGGUGGCCACAUGGCCACGUCGUCGCUGGCCACCACGUUCGGCCUACAGUUCUACCCGGACGAGACGACCACCACCGCCACCUGCACCACUACAGCAGGUGGUGGCGGCGCGGUGGACCCGCUGGCCGCCCGGCCACCCGUGGCCGGUCUGCCCGUCCAGUCGUCGAACGCCACCGGAAACUCGUCGUCCGCGGCCGGCCAACAACAACCGAUGUACGCGACGUCCGCUAACCGGAGCACGUCGCCGUUGAACCCGCAAAACCAUUUGGCACAUCCGUUUCACAUGUCUUUUCCGGUCACGCAGACCCACAACAUAAGCAGAGGCGGUGGCCGGUGCAGCAGUCUGAUGAUGAGUUGCGCGGGUUGCGACAAACCCAUUAUGGAUAAGUUCCUUUUGAACGUGCUGGACAGGGCGUGGCACGCUGAAUGCGUGAAAUGUGCCGACUGUCACGGCACGCUGUCCGACAAAUGCUACAGCAGGGAUGGCAAGAUACUGUGCAAGCCCGACUUUUACAGGCGGUAUGGCAAAAAGUGCAAUGGUUGCGCCCAGGGCAUAUCGCCCACUGACCUGGUGCGGAAAGCCCGGGACAAAGUUUUUCACCUAAACUGUUUCACGUGCAUGAUAUGUCGGAAACAGCUGUCUACCGGCGAAGAACUUUACGUGCUUGAAGACAACAAAUUCAUAUGCAAGGACGAUUACAUAUCCGGCAAGAACGGGCAAGGUAUCGACUCGUUGACGUACUCGGGAUCAGAGGACGAAGAUGAUGACGAGACUACCUCGAACAGCAUAUCGUCUACCAAACACCAUCUCAUCACGGGACUCCACGGAGCAGGCGGCCCGGGUUCGAUAUUGCCACCGACCACGCCAGAAGCCAACAAUAAUUCGCUGUCGGCCGGUGACCUGCAAGCACCUCACUCGGGCUUGGACCUCAAGGAGGAUUCCGAGGACCAAGGUUCUUUGGAUGGCGACCCAGAGACAAGGGACAGUCAAACAGAGAACAAAUCACCUGACGACGGGAACUCCGGAUCCAAGAGACGAGGUCCCAGAACUACCAUCAAGGCCAAACAACUAGAAAUACUUAAGACGGCCUUUUCGCAAACGCCCAAACCUACCAGGCACAUCCGCGAACAAUUAGCCAAAGAGACAAGCCUGCCUAUGAGAGUCAUACAGGUGUGGUUCCAGAACAAAAGGAGCAAGGAGCGGCGGCUGAAACAGCUGACGUCCAUGGGCCGAGGGCCGUUUUACGGUGGUGCGCGGAAAAUGCGCGGUUUCCCGUUAAACAUGAGCCCUGGUUCGCUGGACGACCAGCAACCCGGUUUCCCGUAUUUCGCUGGCUCGGCUGAGGUCAAGUUUGAGUUUGGUUACGGGCCCGGAUCGUUCCAUCCAGACUUCUUCGGCCAUCACGGCGGUCCGCAUGCCGGCGCCGGACCCGGAGGACCCUUCGGACACCCAGGUGGCAUGGAUUCCAAUCCGAUGUCUGGAAUGGGGCCUGAUUAUCCGGGCAUGGGUCAAGACGCUCCACCCGGCUUCAUUGCACAGCAACAACAGGCAAACGACCAGCAGCUUGUGUCACAAAGGCCGGGCAGUCCGUCAGAAUUCAUGGGCUCCCAAGGUGGUAGUAGCAGUGGGUUUUCGGACGGGCCAAACUUGCAGAACGAAGGCAUCGUCUGGUGAAAUAAUGUAUUCGCAUACAUCGAUCGCAACCGUCUCCGCAGAUUUAUGCCCUAACACUCACAAUAUAAUAUAAGAAUAUUGUUCAAUCGAACGGAGGUAAAAUUAUUAGAACCGUGCCAUAAUGUUAUUAAUAUUAUUAUUAUUAUUAUUAUUAUUAUAUAUCACUAUAUUAUAUUAUUAUAGCGCAAAACAUCUUUACGCAAAAUAACUAUAAAUACUAAAAAUAAAAAAAAAAUAUUAAAAUUGCGCACACAAUACGCGUUAUUAUAUUUUUCGAAAAUAAAAUGUUAUUAUGUAUGAAAUAGAGAAUAUUUAUAAUUUGUGUAACGGAUUUAAAAUAUACAUAAACGUUUAUAAUUAUUUCGUGCAUCAUUAAAAUAUGUGUAUAUACAUAACGCGAGUGUAGGCAAAUAAAACGCAGUAUUUGUAGACUAGAGUAAAUUGAUAUUGUAAAAAAUUUUGCUUUUUCGAUGUACAUAGAGUAUAUGUAAAAAAAAAUCCUGAAUCGGGCAAAGUUUUUUUUUCCUCGAAUAACACUAAAUACAUCCGUCGUAAUUCGGUCAUGGAAAUCAGCGGUCAUGAGUUAUUUUGUUUAAAGCUAAUAAAAUGUAAACGGCUAGAUGUAUCCUAGAGUAUAAAUAUACAAUUGUAUAUGUAUAUUUGUACGAUAUAAAACACCUCUAACUAUAUAUAAUAUUUACGAUUAUUUGUAAUAUGCCCUGUGUGUUUUGUGUCCUAAAAGCCCCAAAAAUCGUAAACUAUAUUACUGCGCUGCAGUGGAUGUGAAUAUAAUUUGUACCGUAUAUAUAAAUAUAUAUAUAUAUAUUAUAUUAUAGAGAAAAGUCCCUUUUGUCUGUGAACGGUUUUAACAGAAAACCGUGUAUUAUUAUUAUUAUUAUUAUUAUUAUAUUAUUAUGAAAAAUUAGAUUUACGAUAAAAAAUGUUAUUGUUUUACUAUUGUCCCAAAGUUGAAAAUAUUUUUCUUUUUUUUUUGUUGUUAUUGUAUACGUUCCCUAUGAUCAUCAAACCUGUCUAUUGUAAAAAAAAAAAAAAAAAAUAAU